CCUUACCAGUGUCAAUACACCAUCAUAUACGUACCCAAUGGGACGUCGUGUUUUCAGUGUGAACCUGACAUAUUUUUUGUCACUGGAUAUGUGUUUCGAUUCAAUGACACAGUAAUCAAUUCCACCAAUACCCUGGCAAAAGUAGUGAAGAAUGACACACAGGGUAUCGACUCACUUGUAGUGUUUGACAGUGAGAGUGCGUUCAGUACAUUUUCAGUUACUUAUGUACAGUGCUGUGAGGACAAUGAUAUUACUAUGGUGCAAGACGAAUUAUUAUGCGGGUUGAGUUAUAUCAUGGCCAAAGUAGGAGUUUUCUUUUAUUAUGCCUUUAAUCCUCCACUAAUUAUGGGAGAAACUACCAUAAUCGAAGGAAGUCAGCUACAUCUAUUUUGUAAUGGAUCAAACUCAGACCCUCAACCAACUUUACAAUGGAUCUCUCCUGAUGGGAAGACGGUCAGUGAGAGUGGGAAACUUGAUAUAGUGACUACCACCAGGAAUAUGACUGGGAUAUACACCUGUGUAGCUACUCUCCCUCACUCCACCGCUACUAUGAACACCACUGUGGAUAUCACCAUAGUUCCAAUUGACUGUCCAACACUAAAUUCUAUGGAAACCAUGAUAGUUAACAUGAGCUCCACUGCAGUGGGCAGUAAUGCUACCUAUCAGUGUAGAGAUGGUCCCACUGAUGUGUACACUACUCAGUGUACCAGUACUGGAGUAUGGGACCCUCACCAUAACUGCACAUCGAAAGAAAUGGAAUCUCUAUUUGAGAGGUAUAGGAAGUGGCUACCGUGGGGAGCAGGGGUAGUGGGACUUCUCCUGCUCUGCUGCAUCACCAACUGUGCUGUGAUAACUGCAGUAUGUGUCUGCAGGAGAAGAAGGAAAAAGAGAAAACAGUACCUUCUGAGAGAAAAUAGUGAUCAACAGCAGCAAAUGACAGUCCAAAAUUCCCAGUACUCACCUGUGGUCAAGAAAACAUCAAAAGGAACAACAGCAACAACAUCACUAAAUGGGCGGUCUAUCAUGAUAGAGUCACAGCUAACAACACCGGCAGAGCCCAAUGGGAAACCCUCAGAGCCCCAGCCUACCACCACACCUCCCAUUCCCCUGGGACAGUACUCAAUGAUCACGAUCAUACCAGAACCAACUAGUGAGGUAUUCUGGUCAUAUUCUGACUCGCAGGACGAACUAGAACAAUCACUUGUGCCUCAGCCACCAGAAGUACCACAAGAAACCAGAAAGCCAAAUGGACAGCAGCAAUAUUCAGAGCACACAACAGGACUCAUUGGUGCGUACUGUGUAGUCCAGACAGUGGAAGAAAACCUGACACCUGAACCCAGCAGAACAAUAGCUCAGAAACCACCACAAGGGAAUCAACAAAAGGGUCUGCUGUAUGCAGAAGUGAGUCUAAACACAGAAGGAGGUGGUUUUGGUCUGGUUGCAGAUAGAGUCGAGUAUGCCGCUCUGGACCUCAAUGCCAUGGCUAGCCAACAACCACCACCUCCUCAGACACACGAUCUAGGUCAAAAGCUAACUCAUUGUUUUUUAGUAUGCUGGUCAGACCUAUGCUCAGCAGAUUUUCAAGGGGCCUAUUGUAGUACUCUUCAGAAGUGUGCUAUCACUUUUAAUGUGCACUCAAAGGGGGUCUGUAAGGGUAUACCUUUUAUACUACUCUGAGUAUUCUUUCUACCUUCUUAAAGCCAUACUUGCUUGUAUAUACCUGCAAAAAGUCAUUUACAAUCCCUUAAAAGUUUUUUGGUUCUCAAGCGCAGUUGAAUUAAUAAAUACAGCAUGCUAAAACCAAGUAGCUACUAUAUAGUUAAAAGUAUUAUGCUGUGAAAGACGGUAUAUAGUGUGUAUCACUUUUUGCAGAUUCAAAGGUGAGUCUGGACCAGAUCCUCAUUCAGUUGAGAGAAGUCACUCCUCACUGGAGGAGACUGGGAGAGGCAGUUGGUGUACACAGGCUGGACGAAAUAUCUGAAUAUGUGGGUAGUGAGUAUGAGGCAAUGGUGGAAGUGGUGGAUGGAUGGCUGGCCAACCUCCACCCCAACAAGCCCACGUGGAGGGAGAUAGCUGAUGUGGUGGACACCAUUGGUCAUCAUGACCUGGCUCACUCCCUCAGACAGGUCUACAUCUCAGGGGAGCUACCCAUUGAGGUCUCCAAUGCUGUUCCUGAUAGUGUGAUGUAUCAAAACGAGGCCCCACCCCUCAUACCCUCUCGUGAACCUAAUAAUGACAGGAGCAAGUCUUCCGAUACUCCUCCACCCAUACCACUGAAAUCCUACAAAUGCUCAGCUUAGCUCUCCAGCAGACUCUGUGUGACAAUUCUUGUUUUAUGUAUCAAAACACACUAUUCAAAGUCCAAGUGCCCAAGACUUUCAUAUCAUGCAUUACAAAUCCCAUCACACGUAACAGUCACAUUGGUCAAUAGAUAUCUACACUUGUACUGGACUGAGAUUGUAUGUUUCACCUGUUCCGAUGCAAGUACAACUAAGAGAUUAUGACCUCCAAGUGUUGGUGUAGG